AAAGCUCUUUGAAAUAGCACACUUUUUGGCCGAGAGCCUUAGGAGAAACCCAAAAAUUUUGAUGAAUCAGCGUAAACAAACCAUAAGAAAGCGAUCAACCAAAAAUUUUGUCUGGCUUGGGUGUGAUAAGCAUAGGUUUUACUAACACCCUAAGGUAAAGUAGUUCCCCAUAUCGACGAACUUGACGCCCACCUGUUGAUUAGCAAGCAUUUGAGAUGGAGGUGCGUAAACCACUAAACCGCUCAGAAUUUCAGUCAGUUGUACUGACUGGUUGAUCCGGUCCAAACUUGCGGUAAAAAUCUAAGUUAUUGGUUUACCAGUAGCAGUUCAAUAGAAAUAGGUUCCACUGAUAAGCAGUUACCUUUAGAUUAAUGGUUGGCAUAUUUGAAGUAACACUAGUGCAUAUGCAUGCAAAUAAUCAGAGUCAAUUCGAGAGUUGAGUAUUAGGUUAACUAGAUUUGGUUCUCGUUGGCUGGCUUUCUACCGAUUAAGUUUAUCAGUCGUCUGCAUUCGAUAAGCAAGUCCAGACGUUUCCAAUCCUUUCCGCGUAUUCAAAUUGGAUAAUGGCAGCACAGAGCAAACUUGCUGAGAUCGCCUUUAAAUGCAGCUGCCAGGAGUUCGCCCAUCCUUGGACGUCGAGCUGCGCCUGCGCGACGGCUGGCAUGCUUUUAUCCCUAAUCCCUGGCACAUUUAAGACUUAUAGUAUGGUCUACAUGUUGGCACUUUUAAUGCGCAGGCGCAUUCCUUCGCUCAAGGACCUACGAAAGACCUUAACCAGUACUCUGCAGUCGACGGCUUUCCUGUCUCUAAAUGGAAGCCUCUUCAUCCUAGCCAUUUGCCUGGUGCGGCAGUAUCUCGGUGGUUUCUACUUCGGUACUACAACCUGGUUGCCAGCACUCUUGGUGAGCUCCAUAUCGCUGGCAGUCGAGCGUCCGGAGCGACGUACUCCACUCGCUUUGUAUGUGGCCAACGUGGGCAUCGAAACGCUUUGGAAAAUGUUAGAGGCCCGUGGUCUGGUGCGAUCCAUUGCCAACGGCCAGGUGCUCAUCAUGGGAGCCAGUAUUACCGCAUUGAUGUAUCUAUAUCGUGCCGGACUGCAUAGGACUGUUGCCAAGGAUGCGACCUUUAAGGGAUUGGGUCUGGUCAUGGGCAAGGAGGAGGAGGGUCCCCUAAUGCCGCCUACGGUUAUCACUCCUCAGAGAUCUGAUCUUGGAAGACAAAACUUCCGCUGCAUCACUUCGUACCUUAGGGUCUAUGACCACCUGACUACCCUCAAACAUCCUUGCUGCCCUCACCAGCUUGGCUGUGCGGCGUAUGCCCUCCUUGGUGGAGUUAAGCCUUUUGUGGGCGGAGUGGGUCUUCAAGUGUGUUUGAAACUGCUGCUCAACACUUCAAAGAUACUCCAGCAAAAGAUGCAGUGGCGCCAGCAGAUCUUCAGCAAAGGAUCCCUGCAGUUGGGCCUAGCGCUCGGAUUAUUCUCACUGCUUUUUAAAAUAACUUCUUGUGGCUUGCGUCACUCUUUUGGAUAUGAUAAUGCGCUCUUUGCCAUUCCAUCUGGGUUGAUAGGAUCAUUUGGGCUCCUACACUUUCCCAACACCACGGUGUCUCUGUAUCUGAUGUUGAAGUCAUUACAACUCCUGUACAACUGGGGCGUCGCCGAGGGAAAGGUUCCCGAGGUGCCACAAUUCUCCAUGGCUAUGUAUGGAUUCUUCACGGCCGUACUUUGUCACUCGACUGUUCUGGAGGCACAAUCCAUGCGGCCCAGUUACUUUAAGUUUAUCGAAAACAUCUCGGGAGGUCGUCUUAGCCGGUUCAAUCUGAAACCCUUCGAGGCUUUUGGAGUUAAGAGUCAGGAUCAGGCUGAUUAUGUUAUCAAAAAACUGGGCAUUGUUAUGACCUCCGCAAACCCUCUAUUUCCACUGGCUGUUUAG